GUACCCAGGUACCUAAACAGUAUUUGUUUUACUAUUCUUCACAAAUCCAUUUUUCGGACUGAAAUUUUUUGUGAAUAUAGAUUAAAUUAAGAGAAUUUAUGAUGGCUGCUUAUGCGUCAAUUGAGCGAGGAGUUAUCAAAACCAAUAUCAAAAAUCGUUUGACAAACGUACAAAUAAUGAGAAAUUAUACGACAAAAAUCGCCAUUGAAAGCAUCAUAGGUCUUCAAAAAAUUACUGUGGAUGUUACGCCAAACCCUUCAAUUGAACGAAAUGCACCAGGAAGAAUGGAAGUAACUGGUUGUGGUUUCAUUUGCAAUAAUCAGGAAAAGAAAAAAGACGAAAAACGAGGAAGAACUGCUGGGAAUGUGAACAAGCGUUAUGUGAUGAACAUUCCAAAAACAUCAUAAAAUAUAAUAUUUGCUAUAAAUAAAGUGAUUAUUUAAU